UUGGGUUGAAAAUCUUAUCUCGAACAUCGCCCGGUUCCAUCUUAUCAGUAAAAAUUGUCCCCAACACCACAGCACCGAUACGAUAAAAACGACCGCAUUCAGUCCUAAUCUGACAAAGGUGCAAAUCGGUUGCAAAGGAAAGUUUAAUUGAUUCAGUAAAGCAGUUAUGGAGGAAAACGUAGCUAAUCUGCCGAUGAGCGACGAAUUCGACAUUCGUGGCUUCGGGAGAGUAUUCAAAGGCUCACCGAAAAAAAGUGAUCGCUUGAUAUCGCGACCCGCAUUGGAUGAAUACUAUGACACCUCAAAUCGGCGUCGUGGGAUUGCUCUGGUGUUCUGUCAAAUGAAUUUUGAAACGAUGGCAAAAAGACAAGGCACGGACAAAGACAGGGAGGAUAUUUGCGAGGAGCUGAAUGAAUUGGAUUUUGAUGUCCGAGUUUUCGACGAUCUCAACAGGAAGAAGUUGCUAGAUACCCUGAAGGAUGUUUCGAAGGAGGAUCAUACGGACAACGAUUGCCUCGUUGUGGUUGUAAUGACGCAUGGCGAGCAAGGAGUUUUGUACGCUAGUGAUAGCAAGUACAAUGUUGAUUCUCUGUGGAAAAACUUUGUUGGUGACGCAUGCCCUUCGUUGAUUGGAAAACCGAAGCUCAUUUUCAUUCAAGCCUGUAGAGGUGAGCAGUUUGAUGACGGAGUGUCGUUCAAAGCAGCACCGGCUUCUAAUGUUGUCAAAGAUUUUGUGGAUUCUCGGAACGAACCCGUGGUUUACGCCAUUCCAGCAAUGGCUGAUCUGCUGGUGAUGUAUUCCACCUACGAGGGAUACUAUUCGUGGAGAAAUCCUCGCCAAGGUUCAUGGUUUAUUCAAUCCCUGUGCAGGGAGCUUACCGAACAUGGAAAGCAGCGUGAUUUGUUGACGCUUUUGACGGGUGUCAUACGAAGAACGGCCUUCGAGUAUCAAUCGUUUGUGCCGCAUGACGAGAGAAUGGACUGUAAGAAGCAGAUUCCCUGUAUGGUGUCUAUGUUGACCAAAACUUUUUAUUUUACCAAGAAAACCCGAAGUAAGGUAGUAACGGCAAUUGAUUAGAGGACCGCUAGGGUGUUGAAAUUAACUAAAAGCAAAUAAAUUUUGAAUUUUCGACGUUACGAAAAUCAAGCACGUUGAAUUUUGAUAAGGAUAAAUGUACCCGACCUUCGCCCCUAAGACAUUGUUGUAACCUUCCUGUAAUGUGCACCUCAGAAUGUCUUUCGACAAAUAUGAUUGCUCACUAGCCUGAAAUGCAAUAAAAAUAUGACCUAGCUACAAAGCUGUAGAUAACUUAAGAUAAAUCCGAUCAAACUAUUGAUUGAAUCGUUCCUUAUUGUUGCCCUUUCUGAGUUCCUUAAGUUGGCCGUCUCUAGAGAAAACAUGUUUCACUAAUACAACAACGGCCCCCACGAAUUCGUUCAUAAUAUCCCGAAAGGAAGCACAACAAUGUUCUGUAUUGUUUUUGAAAAGCCGAAAUUACGAAAUGUCAAUAAACUUUAAGAAUUGAUUUG